AUAUUUUUAAAAUAUACCGAUCAAUGAACACUUUAAAAAAUAAACUUUUUUCUAUCAAACCGACAUGGAACAUCCAAAUAUUGUUAUUUUAGCUGAAAUAGUUAAAAAAAUCUUGAUGAAAAUUCCUCAACGCUCACAAUUAGUUAAACUUCAACAAGUUUCGAAAGUGUGGAAGCAAGAAUGUGAAGCAAUUUUAAAAUCUUUAGAGUGGGAAACAUUUUGUAAAAAGAAUAUUGAUGAAUUUUCAUUAUGUUCAGUCAUAACGACUACCUAUUUAAAAAUGCAAAUAAAAGGUUAUUACAGUAUUGGUGAUCAAAAAUUGUGGAAAACUAUCUUUGAUUGUUGUGGAAAUUGGCACCAGAUGUAUGAUGAUAAAUUAUACAUACUUUCAACAGACAAUAAAUGGACUCCUAAUUUUCUAGGAGACAAAGAUGAGUUUAUUACAUGUUUGGAUGUAUGGUCUUCUUUCAUAGCAAUUGGUUCAAAUCAAGGCAAUGUUUUUCUAUUUGAUGCCGAUAUGAUGAUCAAUCCAUUUAUUAUAAUUCCAUCACCAAGAGAUUUUGUGAAAAUUGUGAAAUUUUGGUACACUGAGCAUGGAAAACUGUUGUUGAUCCGUUCAUACAUACACACAAGUCGUCAGGUCUCAUUAAAAUUUUGGGAUGUCAAUAGAAGAAUGGAAGUUAAUACUCUCAAACAAAAUUUUGCAACAAAAGCUCUUUGUGUAGGUACAGCAAACUAUUUUUAUGGAACAGCGGCAUUGUACUUUUUCAGAUGCACGCCAUCAUCAUGUUAUAAUAAAGAAUUGUUGACAUCUUAUUAUUACCUAUCUAUGCAAGAUUCUCAAAGUGUUAGAGCAAUGACCUCUUUCGGAUCGAUGACAUAUGUGUUGGUUACCGGUAGGUCGUCGAUAAAAAUUUUUACCAUUAAAGAUACAUUUGAUAUGAAGAAAAAGAGUUCCCUAGAGAUACAAACACCACGUCGUCUACCAAAUUUAUCAGAAAAAAUGACUGCAGACACACGAUUUUAUGUGUUUGAAGAUGAAACAGUUAUUUGUAUAGGCCAAAAUCUGUUAUAUUUCAUCAUCAAAAAUUCAAAAUGUUGGAUAUCACACAACAUGGAAGCGACAUUUCGUCGGAAAGUAACGUCUGUUAUGUAUCAUGCAGAUCUUUUACUGAUUGGUCUAGAUCAAGGGAUAUUAUACAUGUAUCAUGUAAACAGAUCUAGAGAAUUCAAUUCAUUUGAUUUCUUUAAAAAUUCAGUACCAAGAAUUAUUAAUUUUCAAUGUGAUACACCAAUUGUUGAUUUUGCAGUAAGUCAACUAUCUGAAAAUCCAAUCAUCAUAGCAGCUUCUGAGAAAAAAAUAUGGAAAAUAUGUUCCUUAGAAAUAACAUCACCUUAUCGUGAAAUUGUUCGAAUAGAAGGAUUAAAUCAUUUUUAUAAAUAAUUUGUAAUACAGAUGUUCAUAGAUAAACAUUUAUAUAGAAAAUUAAUUUUGAGUUAUGAAG